AUGAAGAAACUUAGAUCUUUUACUGAAGUUUUCUCUGAUUUAAUUUCAAAUGAAUUUUCUUUAAAUUUGUAUUUUGGUAAAAUAGUACACAAGAUUACUGAACACAGAUAUUCACUUAACAUUCUAAAUCCUAUAAUUUUAACAAAAUUACCUUCUUUAUACAAAUUUAAAAUAAAAGGUAAUGAUAAUCUAAUAAAGAAUCAAUACACUACUUAUAUUUCAGAUAUAAAAGAACCCAUUUCAAUUACAUACAUACAUUUUCCUAAUAAAAUUUACGAUGUUAUGAUUUAUCAGUAUCGUGGUACUAAAUCUAAAACAUGUAAUUCUUUUACUGUAGGAAAAGAUAAAGAAUUUGUAUUAGAAGUGGGUGAUAAAAAGGUAGAUGAUAUUUUACAACUACUCACAGGAUUGUGUGAGGAUGUACAUUAUAAACUUAAUAAGAAAGAGUAA